AGAGGGCGCCACUGUCGUCGGUGAGAAAUCGAUUCGAUACAUAUUUGGUUUGUUUAUUACAUUUAAAGAGUAAAAAAAAGGGCGGAGAAAGGAUUUAUUUAAAACAAAAAAGAGAGAUAGAGUUUUCUUGCAGCAAAGAAAUACUUAUUAAAUUAUACAGUUGCAUUUCUGUAGACUCUCUUAUUUUCGUUUGUUCUUUAUUGCUGAGGGAUGAAAAAACUGGAAAAAGGGUGGAUAUUCACCCUCUAUCAGUUACUUGUACUUAUAGUCUCAGGUAUAAUUUCAUAUAGUGUAAUAUUUAUCAGACGCCGUCAUUACUAUUUUACCCUGCGUCGUUUAUUUCAUUAGGAUGGGGGAAUCCUCGAGAAAAUGUUCUUAUGAUCAUUAUAGAUGAUCUGAGACCAGCUUUGGGGGCCUUUAAUACAUCAUAUAUGAACACGCCUAAUAUUGACCAAUUAGCGUCACAAUCAACAUUAUACAAUAGAACUUAUGCUCAACAAGCCCUUUGUGGACCGAGCAGAACAUCCUUUCUAACGGGAAGAAGACCGGAUUCCAUCAAACUCUAUGAUGUUCAUUCGUAUUGGAGAAGAGCUGCCGGUAAUUUUACCACUUUACCUCAGUAUUUCAAAGAAAAAGGCUAUCACACUUUGUCAAUUGGCAAGAUUUUCCAUCCAGGAAUUGUUAGCAACCAUUCAGACGAUUGCCCUUAUAGCUGGUCGGAAAAACCUUAUCAUCCGCCGACUUUAAAGUAUAGAAUGUCAAAGGUUUGCCCGACGAAAUGGGGGAAACGGAUGAAUAUCGUAUGCCCAGUUGACGUGGAAAGUCAACCUGGAAAAUCUCUACCUGACAUUGAAAUUGCCGAUUACUCUGUUAGGUUUUUAAAUAAUUAUAAAAAGGAAAAGCCAUUUUUUAUGGCUGUAGGAUUCCAUAAACCGCACAUUCCAUUAAAAUUUCCAAAGGAGUAUCUUGAUUUAUAUCCAUUCUACCGAAUCCCAAAGUUAAAGGAUGCAACCAAACCCGAGAAAUUACCCCUACCGGCGUGGAAUCCGUGGAACGAUCUAAGAUUAAGAGACGAUAUACAGCAGUUAAAUUUAACAUUUCCUUUCGAAGAGAUACCUUUAAAUUACAGGCAAAAAAUUAGACAAAGCUAUUUUGCUUCUACGUCCUACAUGGAUAGUCAAGUGGGUCGGGUUCUCUCCGCUCUUACAGAGAAUGGAUUUGCUGAAAAUACUGUUAUUCUUUUUAUGAGCGAUCAUGGAUGGUCUCUGGGAGAGCACGGAGAGUGGUCAAAAUUCAGCAACUUCGAAGUUUCUACUAGAGUUCCUCUUCUCCUUCAUCUUCCUAGUGAAGGUUCGUUCAAGUUCAAUUUCGUCGAUGCCCUCAAAACACCCAAUCGAUUGACGUACACUCCUAAAAGAGUUUCAAACGAACUCGUCGAACUAGUUGACGUUUUUCCAACGCUUGUUGACGUGGUUGGCCUUGAGCCGUUAAGGCGCUGUCGUGAAGGUCACUUUGAAAAAGUCUGCACGGAAGGAUUAAGCUUGUUGAAGAGGCAGACAAUGAAUAAAAUUGCCGCUUUCAGUCAAUACCCUCGUCCGUCCAUUUAUCCGAGAUUUGAUAGCGAUCAGCCAAAGUUAAGGUAUAUUAGGAUAAUGGGUUAUAGCGUAAGAACCGCAAAGUAUAGAUACACAGAGUGGGUGGGGUUUAAUCCCCUUUCAUUUAAAGUAGACUGGACUAGAGUCUAUGGAAGAGAAUUAUAUAUUCAUUCAAAUAACGACGACUCGGAAGAUUGCAACAAGGCCUAUGAUGAAGAGAGUGAAUUGAUAAUGUUACAAUUAUCCAAUCUGUUAAAAUGCGGCUAUAGGUGUUCAAUUCGCCCUUACUGA